CUUAAAGGUGUUCAACCUGCUCGUGACCCGCUCCAACGUGCUUUAUGCCAAGUGGACACGCGUAACUUUGUAUACGCACGCAGCAAACCUCCUUAAGUACUUCCUAUUCUUCCGGCUGCUAUUUCAGAUCCGGCCCUUUCUCCUCGUUCCCAUGCGAUUAUUCGACGACGAUCUAGUGAAACGGACGUCUCAGUGAAAAGUUCGGAACUCUCUCUCUUUCCUCAUCUCUCUCUCACCCGAAGAAGUCGUCUCGUUCGAGUCUGGCACGUGACAAUGCUUCAGCUGGCGACGAUUAUCAUGCUGGCCGGGAUUCUCGAGGACAACAAUGUACGUGACAAAUCGGAGGAAGCUGAAUCGACGUAACGCUCUACGCCAGGAUGGCCGGUUGGCCGUUCAGCACCGCGCUGCUGUUCAGCAUCCUCAUCCUUGUUCGCGGACGAGGAGUGGUGCUGGACAGUCAAGGGCCGGUGCUGGUCUCGGAGCCGCGCUCAAGCGUAGAGUUCUCUAACGACACCGGAGCGAUGAUCCACUGCUCGGCUCACGGCAGUCCCGCGCCGAGAAUCGACUGGCUAAUGGGCGACGGCUCGCCGGUUCUACCGAUACCGCACAUCCGUGAGAUGCUGGUGAACGGUUCCAUGUACUUUCUGCCGUUCGGCGCCGAGAGCUACCGGCACGACGUGCACUCAGCCGUCUAUCGCUGCCAAGCGUCGAACAGCGUCGGCAAAGUGCUCGGCCGUGAAAUCACGGUGAAGGCCGUGGUGCGCCAGAAGUACGAGGUGGAAGUGCGAGACGCUUACGUCCUGCCGGGCAACACCGGCGUGCUGAGGUGCGAGAUACCGGCCUUCGUCAAGGAAUAUGUCGCGGUCACGUCCUGGUUUCAGGACUCGGCCUUUAACAUUUACCCGACCGCGGAGAGUGGCGGGAAGUACCAUAUGCUGCCCACUGGAGAGUUGCUCAUCUUCUCGGUGACUUCCUCCGAUGCUCACUCGACUUAUCGCUGCCGUACCGUGCACCACGUCACCGGCGACACCGUGGAAAGUUCUAACCGCGCCAAGCUUGUGGUUACCGAACAUCGAAAUCCGACGCCACCGCGGUUCAACGAACGAGUGAAUCCCGGGCCGAUUCGUACCGGCGAGACAAUCGUGUUGUCGUGCAUCUCACAAGGCAUUCCACCGCCCACUUAUCUCUGGUUUCGCGAGUCCGUGUCUGGCACGACGAUAGUCUUCAAUUCGGAGAGGAUACACGCGCGCGACGGCGUGCUGGUUCUGCAAUCGGCCCGGGUCGAAGAUGCCGGCAGAUACGUCUGCCACGCGAACAAUACCGCCGGCUCCGAGCGAGUCGAGCUGGAAGUCACCAUCAUAAGUAGCCUCUCCAUCCAUCUGGCGCCUCAACAGGUGACCGUGGAUUUGGGGAAAGAUGCGGAGUUUCAAUGUUCCGUCACCGGUCAACCGCAUCCGGUGAUUUCGUGGGCGAAGGACGGUCUUCCUGUGCGAGAGGGAUCCUCGGGUAGGACUAAAAUUACGGGUAACGACGGCUCGACGUUGCGCAUAUCUUCCAUCGUGAGGGACGACAAAGGGAUGUACCAGUGCUUCGCCAAAAACGACUACGAGAUGGUGCAGGCCACGGCCGAACUGCGCCUGGGAGAUGCAGCGCCUCAACUUCUGUACAAGUUUAUCGAGCAGACGAUGCAACCAGGUCCUUCGGUGUCGCUCAAGUGCAUUGCGACGGGCAACCCGACGCCGCACUUCUCCUGGACGUUGGACGGGUUUUCUCUUCCACAAAACGACAGAUUCAUGAUAGGCCAGUACGUGACGGUGCACGGCGACGUGAUAUCCCACGUGAACAUAAGCGCCGUCCGAGUGGAGGACGGCGGCGAGUACAGAUGCUCGGCGGUGAAUCGCGUUGCAAAGGCGCAUCACGCGGCCCGGCUCAAUAUUUACGGGCUGCCUCAUGUGCGGCCGAUGGGCAACCUCGCCGCCGUGGCCGGUGAGACGACCAUCAUCAAGUGUCCCGUCGCAGGUUUUCCGAUCGCCAGUAUCACCUGGGAAAAAGAUGGUCAAAUAUUACCGACCAGUCGCCGUCAAGAUGUGUUCCCUAAUGGAACAUUGGUGCUUCAUCGCGUUGACAGCAGCACUGAUCGUGGCGCAUACACGUGCACCGCGAAGAACAAACAAGGUCGCUCCGACUCGCAGACGAUUCACAUAGAAGUCAAAGUUCCGCCUACGAUAGCUCCCUUUAGCUUUAAAAAGGACCUGUCGGAGGGCCUGCGCGCUCAGGUGACCUGCAUGGUCGAGAAGGGCGAUCCGCCGUUCACGAUCAUCUGGUCGAAGGACGGCGAGCCGAUUUCCGCCUCCGGCACGUCGGCCGCCGCCUACGGCUCAGCCGCAGCCGCCGCGGCAGUUAACGAUCCCCGACAGCACUCGCAGACACCCCCGGGGCUGCGCGUAACCAACAUUGACGCCCAUUCCAGCGCCAUAGUUAUCGAGCGCGUCACCGCCGCGCACACCGGCAACUAUACUUGUCUGGCGCGCAAUUCGGUGGCCGAGGUCGUUUGGACGGCCGAGUUGAUCGUUCGUGUGCCGCCACGCUGGGUGGUGGAGCCUCAGGACGCUCGUGCGUCGGAAGGGAUGCCGCGAUUGAGUCUGCAUUGUCACGCCGACGGAUUUCCGCCGCCGUUGGUCACGUGGAGGCGCGGCAGCGGCAAGAAGCCCGGCAAUUAUCACGACAUAGCGAGCCACGAGCACAUGCAAGAUCUGAGGAUACACUCCAACGGCUCGCUGGUGUUCGGCCGUGUGCAGGAGGACCACGAGGGUUUCUAUCUGUGCGAAGCUGUAAACGGCAUCGGAGCUGGACUCAGUAAAGUCGUGUAUCUCACCGUCAACGUUCCCGCACAUUUUGUGGAAAAGCAUCGCAAUCAAACUGCCAGAUUAGGCUCGAACGCUUCGUUGCGCUGCGAAGCAAAAGGCGACCAUCCCUUAAAGAUAGCCUGGAAGAAAGCCGGAUCUCAAUUGGAUCCAAAGCUUCCUGAUUAUCGUUACACUCUAAAGGAAGAGAAUACCACAGAUGGUGCCGUUAGUAUUCUCAGCUUCGUCAGUACCAGUCGCGAAGACAGCGGAAGAUACUUUUGCGUCGCAUCUAACGGUUACGGUCGCGACGAAAUGACAAUUCAUCUUUACAUACAAGAGCCUCCCGACUUUCCACGAAAUCUUCACGUGAUUGAGAAAGGUAGUCGUCACAUCAAUCUGGGUUGGACCACCAGCCAAGACGGAAACAGUCCGAUAACUCAGUACAUAAUCGAAUACAAAACCGAAUCGGAAGUGUGGCACGACCACACAACGUUCCACACGACGGUGCCGGGCACACGUGCUCACGGCCACGUGAGCGGCCUGCGUCCUGCGGUCACUUACCAGUUCCGAAUGUACGCGGACAACGAGCUGGGUCGGAGUCAAGCGAGCGACAUUUUGGAAGCGACCACGGAAGGGGAGAAGCCGGGUGGGCCGCCGCGAAACCUUAAAGUAGACCCCAUCAGUUCUACCGAGUUCAAUGUCACUUGGGAUCCGCCCGAUCAUGAUUUAUGGAACGGCGAGAUACUUGGUUAUCACGUUGGCUACAAGGAACACAGGUUAGGGGCGGAGCAGUACACGUAUAAAACCGUGGAAAGACGGAUCUCGACGGCGAGCGUCGCACUGGGUCUCGCAAGAACGUCCAUGCCCGGACGACAGCACCACUUAACGAACUUGAAGAAGUUCACACGUUACAGCGUAGUCGUUCAAGCGUUCAACGCUCUCGGUCCCGGUCCCAUGACGCCAGAAGUUGUGGCAUCCACACUCGAAGAUGUCCCGAGCGCUCCUCCGCAGGACGUGCGCUGCACGGCGCUUACGUCUACGUCCUUGCAAGUCUCCUGGGAUUCUCCGCCCGAUUCCAGCCUGAAUGGAAUUUUGAAGGGCUACAAGGUCAUGUGGGAGAACACGGACGCGCUGGCUGAGUCCACAAAGCCAGAUGUGAAGAUUACACCUGCCUUAACGUGUACCAUUCACGGCCUGGAUAAGUUCACAAAUUAUUCAGUUCAGGUCUUAGCAUCCACGAGAGCUGGUGACGGUGUCGCCUCGACGCCGCUUUAUUGCGUGACCGCCGAGGACCUUCCGGAAGUGCCGGCUGGCAUCAAAGCUGUAGCUAGCUCGGCCACGUCCAUCAUCGUCUCGUGGCAGCCGCCGCUUAAGAGUAACGGCAAUAUUACCCACUACAAUGUGCACAUUCGCGGAGUGGGACUUGAUUGGCACCAUUUUGCCCUGCCGCCUCACGAAACCAGCUAUCACGCUGAGAACUUGCACAAGAGAACUCAAUACGAGUUCUCCAUCGCGGCGGUAACCAAAGUUGGCGAAGGUUCAAAGACCCCAUCUGUCACCGUCUCGCCUUCCAGCGAAGUACGCGCCGCCAUAUAUUCUUUCGGCACGGUACUUGUUGUACCGUGGAAGCAGGAUGUGACACUACCUUGCCAGAGCGUAGGCAAACCCGAGCCCUCGGUUAUCUGGAAGCAGUGGGGCCAGAUAGUCAAGCCAUCCGCCCGGGUGUCCCUCCAUCCGGACGGAUCCUUGCAGAUUAUCGAUCUUCACAGAGAGGAUAGCGGAAAUUACACUUGCUACGUAGAAAAUCGUCAUGGUUCCGAUCAAAUAACUCACCGUUUAACGGUGCAAGUCCCACCUGCGGCGCCAUUAUUGCAUGCGACCAGCACCAGCAGUAAUUCGAUCAACGUGCAGUGGAAGAACGGUGACGACGGUGGCUCGCCGAUUCGUGGCUACAUUCUUCAUUACAAGCGCGAGUCCGGCGAGUGGGAAGAAUUUAAAGUAUCGCACAAAGUAAGCAGCUUCGUGCUGUCGCGACUCUGGUGCGGCAACGAUUAUCAGAUGUACCUGACGGCGUACAAUCGCAUCGGCAUGGGCAGACCCAGCGAGAUCGUCAAAGCGACCACAAAAGGCUCGAAACCGGACGACUCGCCCGGUACCGGCGACAAGUUCGUCACCGUCAACGUCUCGUGGAUCACCCUCCAUCUCAGCAUGUGGAAUGACGGAGGAUGUCCCAUAACGUUCUUUGAACUGGAGUACAAGAAAAGCGGCGAGGGCAUUUGGACGUUGGUCUCGAAUAACAUAGAGGUACAAAAAACAUACACUCUAAGCGAGUUGCAGCCGGGGACCACUUAUGAUAUCCGGAUAAGAGCACACAAUAACGCCGGUUCGUCGGUGGCCGAGUACAAGAUAACAACAUUACAGCUACAUAUCAGCACGACCAUGUCCAGCAUCGAGAUAGAUCAUUACAUCCCGCAGCAUACUUCCGUGUAUGCGGACUUGAAGCUCAUCGUGCCGCUGGUGUUGAGCUCAUUCGCAGUUAUUGCCGCAGCUGGCGCUGUCUUUUAUUGUUUCCGCAAACGUCCGUUUAUGGGCGACAUCGGGAGCUUGCAUGACGCUCAAACCGCAGCCGCUUUAGACAAUAAGCAGAAUAUGGAGCAGCGCGAACAGUAUUACGCCACCGUACGUAAGCCGCUACGUUCGCCGAUACACGAGAUGGCCACGCUAGAGAAAAUACCAGAAUAUUCGGAAGAUAUCUACCCGUACGCCACGUUCCAGCUGGAGGAAAGCGUUCCUGCAGGAGGCGACAGCCGCUGCAAUUCUGCCGCGCCUCUUCAGACCUUUGUCUAUCACGAUCCUCGUCUCUCCACUGCCGAUACCCUUCAGUUACGAGAGUCGGAUUGCAACCGGUACACUAAGAUGCGCGGAGGCCGUUCGUCCUCUGCGCCGUUGCACAAAGCGCACAAGGUCAGUCAGGGCAAGUCCGAGUCGGAAGAGUACGACACCCUGGGCUCGGACAGCGACACGGAAGUCGGGACCAGCAGCCGAACCGAGUCUUCCAAUCACCUCGUCGAUUCGCACCACUCGGCAUCUGCGGCCGACUCGCGCGUCCACAACUUCCUGUACCAUGGACCAGAAUCUAGCACGUCUACAGAACCCUCACCGAUUUUUGAGAGAAAAUCGUUUCCUGGAAGGGGAAGACCCAAGAUGUUACAGCUGGCGCGUCAUACCGAGGAGGCCCGUGCCAACUUCGGGCCAAUCGCCGGGCUUGGCCAUCCCAAGCACCAGUCGAGCAAUUCCUGUGCCAAUCGGGACCAGGAGCGUGACGGAUCAGGAAACAACCUGUUCGUCCCCAAGCUGGACCCACCCUCGGGUUUCUCCGACGCGUUUGAGCUAAGCGAGGCCGAGUGCGAUCUCGAUCGCGGUCACACCAGCCAACGAAACGUCCGUGACUUCGUAAUCGCGGUGUAAAUACGUGUAAAAGCUUCC